AUGUCGGUGGCUGAAUACGAAGCAGAAUUCACUAGGCUAUCACAGUACGGGAAACACCUGAUUAGCACAGAAAAUCUAAAAGCUCAAAGGUUCGAAGAGGGACUCGACCCCGACAUCCGUGAUGUCAUACUGCCAAUGCGAUUGGUUACAUACGCUGACAUAGUUGAUUGUGCCAUGAUCGUGGAGAGGAAUGUCAACAGCAGGAAGAAGUUCACUGAGAAGAAGAAGCAUCGUUUUGACAACUCUGAUGGGAAGAAGUCAAUCGACUUGAUUCCCAAGGAGAUGGAUCACUUCGACGUUAUCCUUGGCAUGGUUUGGCUGUCUGCCAACAACGCCACUAUCGACUGUGCACAUAAGUGUGUUGAGUUUCGAAUCUCGGGUCAUGUGGACUUUCGUUUCACUGGGUCCGUAUUUAGUAUCCAUGGCUCAAGCCCGACGACUUCUGAGGAAGGGUUGUCAUGGAUUGAUUUACGGUCGGGGUACCAUCAACUGAAGGUGAAAACCGAGGACAUAGGGAAGACAACUUUUCGUACUCGUUACGGUCACUACGAGUUUCUUGUGAUGCCUUUUGGCGUGACUAAUGCACCUACUGCGUUUAUGGACUUGAUGAAUCCUGUAUUCAAGAUGUUCUUGGAUGAAUUUGUCAUCGUUUUCAUUGACGAUAUACUGAUUUACUCCAAGGACGAAAAGCAACAUGCAGAACACUUGCGAAAGGUUCUACAGAUGCUAAAGGAGCGAAAGCUCUACGCCAAGUUCAAGAAAUGUGAAUUCUAG